CGGGGCACCUGGCGCCAGCGAAGCGGGGUCGGGCAGGCUUCCCCCGCAGGCAGGGAGGUCUCUAAGCAGUCUUCCCAUGAACAUAUUAAUGAAACAGCAGAGAGGAGACUAAGGAAGAUUUCAUUCCUCAAGCCAAGGACUUGUCAUGUCUUAUCAUUACAAUGAAGCCUUUGAAAAUCCAGACUACCACUUCUCAGAGACACUGGAAAUUGAUAGGAGGAGGGGUUCUCAGAAGAAUCCAUUCCCUCAUCAACCCACUUAUGAUUCUUCACUGCAUGGUUCCUAUAGAGAGGAGGGCAGUGGAAGAGGAUGGAAUUACCCUGCAGCCAUACCAAUGGCCUCCAUGAGGCAGGGCUCUGAAUACAGGGAAGGGUCACCAAGAGUUAAUGCCUGGAGCAGAAGUCCAUAUGGAAAUUCCAUGGAUAAUCUUUCUUUUGAGCCUGAGCCAGAGCUGCUCAACAGCCCAGCUCCUGCCUUCCACCGGCUGAGUGACCACUCUAGCCACAGCAGCGCCAGUGUGCCAGAAGAGGGCUUUCGUUGGAGACGCAACCGAAGACCACCUGAUGAAGUCAUCAUGACUGCUUCCAGUUGGUUUGAAACAGAUCCAGCCUGCCAAGAAGAGGAAAAGUUAGUUGGAGAUCUUGCAAGUAUGUCCACCAGUGAAAGGAUUAAAGCAAUUCAGAAGAUGCCAGAGACCAUGAGAAAAAAGAGAGAGAUAAGGAAUAAAGUCCUUAGAGAAAUAGCAAAAAAGUCAAGGCCUGGCAGGACUCGACUCUCCUGCUGUACACAGCCCCUGCAGGGAGCAAGAGUGUCGUUCCGGCGGUGUGGAAAUAGCUUGUCAGAAUGCUUUCACCAGCUGCGAGUAUUUCACAAGGCUCUGAAGAUCAUUGGUGCCGAGUUUGGAACAAGUGUUCUCUCUUAUUUUAUUUUUUUGAAGUGGUUGCUAACUUUCAACAUCUUCUCGUUCCUCAUAAACUUCAGUUUCAUCACAAUCCCUCAGUUUAUCGCAGCAGAACCAAACAACCUUUCCUUCACGGGUCUGGAGCUGAUCACUGGAGCUGGUUAUUUUCAACAAACAGUCCUCUACUAUGGCUUUUACACCAAUGCUACCAUCAGUACAACAAAGAAUGGUCCAUUUUACAACAUGCAGCUGGCCUAUUUCUUCACCGUGGGAAUAUACUUUCUCAUUUGUUUUCUUAUCCUGCUGUUCAGCAUGGCAAAAUCCUUCUGCAGGAACUUCAUUAACCCCCAGACACACCCUGGGAAUGCUAGCAAGCUUCUCUGCACCUGGGACUUCAACAUAACUAAUGAGAGAGCCAUCAAGCUGAAGCAGAAGAAUCUCAGCACACAAAUAAAGGAGGACCUCAUGGAAGUGAACCGAGAAGUUGUAACUUUUUCUGUCGAAGAGAGAGUUGUUCGCAUUGUUAUUCACCUUGCCUCGUGGGCUGCCUCCCUGGGAACAGCAGUAGCUGCUUGCACUGGGGUUUACUUCCUCUGCAUUAAUAACCUGGAGCUGUUUGUGAACGGGCAUACAAAUGACCUGGAGAGCCAAGCUGCCAUGUUGGUGCUGCCUGUUGUUGCAUCUCUCCUCAACACACUCAUCCCAUUCUUCUACUCAUGGCUUGGACACCUGGAGAGAUUUCAGACUCCUGGGCACCACAUAUAUGCCACUAUUGUCAGAAACAUCAUCCUGAAAAUGUCUGUGGUUGGAAUCCUGUGCUACUACUGGCUGAGCGUUGUGGCUGCCUCAGAGUCACAGUGCUGGGAGACUCUGAUUGGCCAAGAUAUCUAUCGCCUUGUUCUGGUGGACUUCAUCUUUUGUUUGCUUGGCUCUUUCUUUGGAGAGUUUUUGCCCAGGGUCAUUGGAGCUGGUGUCUCUGGGGGCCCGGGGCGGCCAGAGUUUGACAUCGGACGGAAUGUUUUAGAUUUGAUCUAUGCGCAGACUUUGACCUGGAUCGGUGUCCUCUUCUCCCCUCUGCUGCCUGCUAUUCAGAUGCUAGCGUUUUCUAUAGUAUUCCAUGUCAAAAAGGUCAGCCUGAGGAUGAACUGCCAACCCCCUCGAAAAGUCUGGAGAACUGCUCAAAUGACAACAUCCUUCAUGUUCCUGCUGUUCUUUCCUUCCUUCCUUGGAGUGCUGUCUGUCAUCGGAGUCACUGUCUGGAGGUUAAAACCUUCAGCAGAAUGUGGUCCUUUCAGAGGGUUGUCUUUUAUGUAUGCUGCAGUCUCUGAGUGGAUAAAAACACUGGAGAACUUCGCUGACUCCAGAUGGGUAGCAUGGAUCUACUACAACUUAAUCACAAGCGAACUCUUCUUCUUCGUCCUCUCCACGAUUGCCUUAAUUAUUGCUUAUCUUUACUGGCAAAUAAUAGAAGGAAGAAAGACCAUGACCAAACUCCUGAAGAAGCAAAUUUUUAACGAAGGAAAAGAUAAGAUGUUUUUACUCCGAAAACUCCGAGCACUGCAGAGGGCAACCCAGACCCCAUCUGUGCCUAGAGGACAGGACCAGCAGAGAAGCCCUUUGCACAAUCUGUCCAGGCAACCUGCCCAGCAAGUGCCAGGCUACCCAGAAAGGGCACCUGGCAGAAGUCAAAAUGCGUCCUAUGAGUGUCCCUAUCCCGCUGGGAUCUGGAGGCCGUCUGACUUCCCACUAGAUUUGGAGGCAUCGCAGCCCAGCAGCAGGCCAGGCAUGUCUGAGGCCAUGGCGCUCGCUCUGCAGGCUCGAGAAGCAGCUCAGUGGGAAGAUGGAGAAGACAACAAAUAUUUCUGACUGUGAGCAGGCAGAAACAGCCUUCAGUGCUGAGUGUCACUGAGUGGUGCUCUGCAGAAAGCAGUGCCUCUUUGCACUAAGGACUGAAAGAACCUUUUCUUUAGCCCCUAAAUGGAAAAGCAGGUUGCAGAAUGCAUCCUGACUGCAGAUGAUGAUGAUGGAGAACACUCUGGAUGUUUGGGUGGCAUUUGAAGCAGUGAUAUUCUGGGGACAGGCAGUCUUCCCCCUGGCAAUUGGCUGUUGGCUCCCAAGGGUCCCUUCACAGCUGCUCAUUUGCUUUUGACUAAAUAGGAGAAAAGUUGUGCUGCCUAAUUGUAGUUUAAAAGUUUUGAUCUAAGAAGGUUUUUAGAUCACUUCCGCUGUUCAAACUGCUUUUACCUGGUCUAAGCCAAAAGCAAAGACUUAGGCAAAUAAAAAGUGAAGGAACCAAAA